AUGUCUGCCCUGUCGACCUGGCGCACCUUCCUCAACCACAGCCUCGCGACACGUCUGGAAGCCCCCGACUUCGAGUCCUACGUUCAGAUUCUGGCCUCAAAACACCCUCUGCCUGCGUCGCGGACGAGCGACAUUUUCCUGGGGCCUACCGAAUCGAACAGCGCCUCCUUGGACCCACGAAUACCGAGAUAUGUCCAGAUCCUGCUAGGACUCGAGCUGGUUACUGUGCCGAGUUUAUUGAGAGCGUUAUUACGGUACUCGACUGCUUCGGGGGCAACCGAUGUUGUCCAUGGUAUAAGUGAUAGACAAAGAGAAGGCGGUAAAGAUGGAGAGGCACAAGGGCAAAAGAAGGACAGCGUUAAGAGGUGGUCGGAUUCAUACGCUGCGGAGGAGGUGCUUUUCUACCGAUUGGCUAAACAUGUCUCGUCUGGCACAUCUCCAAAGAAUAUCCAAGAAGCCGUCGCAUUGAUUCUAGUAUGCAUUCAAUGGAUGGUGGUUGUUGCCAAUGCGAAUAGCGCUGCUCAGGAUGUGCUGGAACUGAGUGGAAGCCACGUGCCUGAGCUGAAUGCCCAAAUCAUGGCGCUGGGCACGCUGGUUGUUGCUGUUGUGGAGAAUGCACAGGUGCUAAGUGCGCUAAGUAAAGGAAGUGUGCCUAAAGGAACGGGAAAAGAGCUGUCGGAGACACUGGGGAAUUUGAUAGCUAUCUUGUUGCAGAGCAAUCCCCAAAGCCUAAGUGCAGCGAGGUUGGAGGUAUUUAGAACGCAAACGCUGGUGUCCAUUGAACCUGUGGAUAAGAAGGAAAUAUCCGCCAACAAGGAAAUAGAUGACAUUCUGGAUGAGGGCAUAGGAUUAGGAAUCGACAGUGUGGUGGUAGAGGAUUUGCCCACUCUAAAUUCAAGAGCUGGUUUAUAUAUCUAUUUGAACGCAUUGCUUGUGGGUAGGCCGUUGAUCGACGACAAUGCCAUAUUUGCAUAUCUACAUAACCGAUAUCAGGGCGACAUCCAAUCUACUAUGAAUGAUUUAAUUCUUGCGUCUUUUGAUAUUUUAGCUGAUGCUGCGUCCCGGAAUGAACGCAUUCAAGCUACGACACUCCUGAAAUCAUUCCUAAUUAACAAAGUCCCUUUACUAUUAGCAACACUCUCAUCGUCGUUAUUCCCGCCUCUAACAUCCGAGUACUGCAUCACAGAGGCACUAAACCACGUUGAUACAAACGCUUUCCCGACAUUUUCAAAUAUGUUUGAUGAAUCGAGUACAAACAAUCUGUUUUCUGAUUCUGUGCGGCAAGACUUUUGCUUUGCCUGUUGUCUGCAUGGUCUCAUUGCUGAAACCAGCAUCGAGACUCUGUUAGGCGAUGUACCGUUGCAAAGUCUUCCAGCUGGCGGGAGAUAUGUAAAGGAUGACUUGGUGCAGCAAUAUCUAUCUGAUCCUGAACGAGCAGAAGGGUUGAUUGAUGAGUUGGAGCAUAUGGAUGGCAACGUGGGUGCUGUUAGCCAAGCGAUCACUGAAGUGAUGGGAAGGCUAUGCAAUGACAAGGAAACAAUGUCAUUGAAAGGUCUUUGCAGCCAACUGGCCAGAAAACCAGCAUCUCUCGAUGUCAUGCUUUUAUUUGACAAGCCGACCACGAUCCUCCAACCCAUCUGCGAUGUACUGGAUAACUGGCGUUACGACGACGACCAAGGCGAAUACCAGCCUGUAUAUGAGGAGUUUGGCUCGAUUUUACUUUUGGUGCUCUCCUUUGCGCAUCGAUAUAAUUUGUCAACUUUCGACUGUGGUAUCCGUACACCAGACUCUUUUGUCGCGCAACUUCUAACCCAUGGCCACCUCAGCCGGGCCAUGGAAGAUCUCACCGACCAGGAACAAAAUCACUUAGAUGGUUGGAUCAGAGGAUUAUUUGACAAUGAGAGUGGCGGUCUCGGCGAUGAAUUGAUGUCGUCUUGCCCGCCACAGGACUUCUAUCUUCUAGUGCCAACCCUCUUCCAUCACAUUGUCCUAGCCUGUUCAACUAAAAACCUCUCCGAUGAAGCCCUCAAAGGAGGACUUGAAUAUCUAGUCGAUACGUUUCUUCUCCCAUCUCUUAUCCCGGGCAUCACAUGGCUUUCUGCCCACUUAUGGGAAUCUCGUGGCGAUGCCAACGCUGUACUCCAAAUCCUUUCUGCACUCAUCAUGAACCCAACCUCGAUAUCUAACAACACCGAGGCAUCACAGAUGCUAAACUCCAUUUUGAACAUCAUCGCCAAGGAUCUAGAGCAUAGUCUCCGAUGGUUUCAAAAAGCCGAACCAUCCCGACAAGACAUCGCGCCACUGUUGAAAGCCCUGAGCGGCAACCUGGGCUGGGAGCGUCGUGGUGCCAGCGAGCACACAGAGCUGGAGAUAUGGACGAGCACAGCUGGCGGAGGACUCACCGCGGCCGUGCGGAACACCAUGCAAAACCUUAUCCAAUGGGGGCUCAACCCAGGGAUUAAUAUCAAUCCAGCAAACUACACCCAUCGUCAGAUCUUGGUCGCAGUCAAGAUGCUCGGUGCCAAACGUAUCUUGAAUGUAAUCAUCGAGGAGGUCAAAACCCAAGAAGAGACGGGCAAUGGUAGUGUAGCCAUUGAUGUGGCUACAGCUCUUAUCUGUGCUCCUGAUGCUGCAAGCUGGGAUGCUGCUUUCGGAGGUCUGGGUAUGCUAGGCGAGAACCCCAUACAACCUUUACAAAGGCGUAUGAAUCUCCGUGAAGCGCUAAAAUUCGAGGCGGACAAUGCACCCAAGGUCCACAAAACGGACCCUUUCCAUGCAGAAACCAUCAUAAGACUGUAUAGGAAAACAGAAGCGCAGUUGGCUAUGCCGCAGCAGACGUUGAUGGCGGAUGAUGGCGGACUUGGGGCCUUGGAUCAGGCUCUUGAUGCCGCUGCAGGUGGGAUGGAUGUCGAUAGCGGGAUGGCGGGGGUUGGUAUGAGUGAUGUUGGCGGAGCUGGUGGACUGGGUGAUGCACAGGGAAUGGAUGGAGUGCUAGGGGAUGAUCAAGGGCUUAUGAGUGGUUUGAUGGGGGGGGAUCAUGGUGGGGACUUGUUGGACGGUUUUGGGGAUGGACAGGAUUUGGGGGAUGGGAUGGGGUUUGCGUAA